AUGGCAACAACAGAUACUGGCAUUGCACCAACACACACAACAAUUAUUACAAAUCAACCAGUCACUGAUGAAAGUAGUAGUAAUGAAACUAUUGUUACAAAAAAAAGGAAGAAGACUUCACCAAUUUGGGACGAUUUUGAUCAAGUUGAAAGUUCUGAAGGUACAAAAGCUAUUUGCAAGUAUUGCAAAUCAGUGUUUUUUUACGCUGGAAAAGGAGCAAGUACUUCACAUUUAUGGAGGCAUUCUAGUAGUUGCUUACAAAGGAGAUUGCAUGUUGCUGCACAAAAGAAGCAACCAUUGAUUCCAUUUCAACCUUCCAAUUCAAGUAUUAAUCCCUUUGUGACACCAGGUGCAAGAUAUUCUCAAGAGAAGAUGAGACAAAUAAUUGCUACAGCAAUUAUGAUUCAUGAGCAUCCUUUCAGCAUUGUUGAGGAUGAAGUUUGGAUGUGGGGCUUCCAAUAUGCCAAUUCUGAAUUUCAUAAAAUUUCUCGCAAAACUGCUCGAAGUGAUUGCUUGGCAAUAUAUGAGGCUGAAAAGAAACAACUGAAGGCUUUGUUACAAGGUGUUAGAAAGAUAAGUUUGACAACUGACAUGUGGAGAUCAAGUCAUCAAAUUGUUGAAUAUAUGGUUAUCACAGGUCAUUUUAUUGAUGCAGGAUGGAAUCUUCAAAAAAGGAUUUUGAGUUUUGUUCAGGUACCUGCUCCUAGACGUGGCAUUGAUGUUGCGGAUGCUAUUUUCAAGGCUCUUAAGGAUACUAUUUCAGAUAACAACUCAUUACCUGUUGGUGGUAGUUUGUUUCAUGUUAGGUGUUGUGCACACAUUCUGAAUUUGUUGGUACAAGAUGGGCUAGGUAAAAUUAAAGGUAUUAUUCAUAAAGUUUGUGAGAGUGUCAAGUAUGUCAAUUUUAAUGAUUCAAGAUUUAAAACAUUUGUUGAUAUUGCUGAAAACAAGCGUUUGAAGGAGAAAAAACUCAUCGUUGAUUGUCCCACAAGAUGGAAUUCUACUUACAACAUGUUAUCUGUGGCUUUGAAGUUUAAAUCUGUGUUUCCUGUUGAGUAUCCUACUGCAAACUUGUAUCUUCCUGAAGUUUGGAGAGUGAAACAAGUAAUUGAUGAUGCUAUUGAAGAUAGAGAUUCCUUCAUGAGAGAAAUGGCAACCUCAAUGAAAGAAAAGUUUGACAAAUAUUGGGGAGAAUGCAAUAUGGUCUUGCAAUCCACCUUCCUCCAGUACAACAACCUCUCACCACGUGUCCAAUUAGCAAUGAACUAG